AUGGUGGUGUUGGUACCUUUUGUGGUUCCCAUCGUGGGUGACAAAACCUUGUUGGUGUGGGAGCUGAGCUGUGGACCCACGGCCGAGGCCUUGCAACAUUCUCUGUUCACAGUCUUCUCCCAGUUUGGCCUUCUGUAUUCGGUCCGAGUCUGCCCAAACGCAGCAGUGGCCGGUCCUGUGUUCUAUGCCAUCAUCGAGGUUUAUUCAGCAAGGGAUGCCCACAGAGCCCAAAAGGCAUGCGACCAGAAGCAGCUUUUUCAGACAUCUCCAGUGAAGAUUUAUUCUCAUCGAAUUGCAAAAGGGGAAGAUAAAAAAAGAAGCAGAAGGGGCUUUUUUCGAUUUCUGCUGCGUAAGAGAAGCUCAGGGGAAAGUGAGAGUCAGGAGGGCUUUUUCGGGAGAAGGCGGCCACUUUGGCUUAGGGAUGUGUAUAGGCCUCUCAACGCCACACGCAAGGAAAACAUGGCACACAAGCUACACGACAGGGAGUCUUCUGAUGAGGAUGAGAUGUACUUCUAUAAGGAUGUACCAUAAAUGGGAAGUCAUCAAAGCCCCAGCAGAGAAGCUUCUGGCUGCAUAUUGGGUUGAUGAAGAGGCGGGUGAGGAAAGUGAGACCGCACACGAGACAGCCACAGAGUGAGCCCUGUUCUGCCUCAAGCCACCGGUAAAUUUUAUUUUCUAAUAUCGGCUUCUCAGCAUUGCUUGUAAAAUACUUCUUUUUCUUAUAUUAAAGUGUAUAAAUUCAUAACCAA